GUUAGCUGGUGGAAACUCCUCUGGAAAGGAGAUAUGAGCUGCUGUUUAUGUGGCUCUGGUGUUGAGGACAGGGAACAUUUAUUUGUCCAUUGUCUUGUGUCCAGGCAGAUAUAUAUUUCUCUAUUUGGCAGGGUGUUGAGAAUUCCAGAUGUGCAGAGCUGGAGUGAAGAAGUGGAUUGGAUUGGCUCGAAGCUGAAGAAGCAGACUGAGAUGGCAGAGGUAGGCAGGGUAAUAUGGCAGAGUUGGGUUAGCAACAUAUGGAGGGAGAGAUGUCGAAGACUGUAUGCUGGUAAGGUUUUGCAAACGAAUGUGCUGCUGAAGCUGAUACAAAGUGAGGUGGAGUGCUUUUUCGAUGCUCACAGAGUUUCCCAGUUCUGGGGAUAGGGG